ACCAUCUCUUACUAACAACUCUCUCUCUCUCUCUCUCUCUCUCUCUCAAUUUGUGUGCAUACGUAGUGUAUGUUUCACGACCGUCGGUUGUCUGUCGUUCUUCUGUUCAACUGAAGUUGAAGUAAAUCUUUCCGGGCGUGGUUGACUGUUGAAGAAACAGACGGAGCAGGCCGCCUUCAUUGAUUCCGGCACAACUGCAGCUCUGUCAUGGGUAUGAAGUGGUUCGUUCUGUACCUGCUCUCCGGCUUCUCACUUGCCGUGCUCUCCGUGCGCUUCCUCGACGACGACCAGGGCGAGCCGUCAGGUGAUCCCGCUUUCAGCCAUUUACUUUUAUCGCUUGAUGGAACAUCCAGCACAGAGAAAGUCUGGCCGAAAUUGGAGUUUGGUUGGAGGAUCGUGGUGGCCACGGUGAUUGGGUUUCUGGGUUCAGCAUGCGGGACUGUUGGUGGGGUUGGUGGGGGAGGCAUUUUCGUCCCCAUGCUCACUCUCAUUGUUGGGUUCGACACUAAGUCGGCCGCUGCCAUUUCCAAAUGUAUGAUCAUGGGGGCAUCAGCAUCAUCAGUCUGGUACAACCUAAGAGUACCACAUCCAACUAAGGAAGUCCCCAUCAUAGACUACGAUCUUGCCCUUUUGUUCCAGCCCAUGCUCAUGCUCGGCAUCACCGUGGGUGUGGCCCUAAGUGUCGUUUUCCCUUAUUGGCUCAUCACUGUUCUCAUCAUUAUUCUAUUUAUAGGCACCUCGUCGAGAUCUUUCUUCAAGGGGUUGGAGAUGUGGAAGCAAGAGACCAUUUUGAAGAAGGAGCUGGCCAAGCGACAGGCGACUCUAGUGGACUCUCAUGGUGAACUCCUUAUCGACACUCCGUACGACCCAUUAGUUCCGAAGGAGGAGAAGUCGGAAAUGCAAAUUGUCUGCUCGAACCUGAAGUGGAAAGGGAUCUUGGUUCUGUUCUCGGUCUGGAUUUCCUUCCUCCUCCUCCAAGUCAUCAAGAACGAUGUAGCAGUGUGCAGUACAUGGUACUGGGUGCUGUUCUGCUUACAGUUUCCCAUUGCAGCGGCAGUAUUUGGGUACGAAGCGGUGAAGCUGUACAGGGAGCACAGGAAGAGGAUGUCCACAGGGAACACCGAGACUAUUUGUGAAGCUACGAUCAAUUGGACCGCCGGCCACAUAGCCUUUUGUGCGUUCUGUGGCAUCCUCGGUGGUUGUGUUGGUGGCCUGCUGGGAUCCGGUGGCGGGUUCAUACUGGGCCCACUUCUCCUCGAGAUCGGGGUCAUCCCACAGGUUGCAAGCGCAACAGCUACGUUUGUGAUGAUGUACUCGUCAUCCUUGUCCGUGGUUGAGUUCUACUUGCUCAAGAGGUUCCCCAUUCCAUAUGCUCUUUACCUGAUGUCGGUUUCAAUACUGGCCGGCUUCUGGGGACAAUUCUUCGUCAGGAAACUGAUCACGAUCCUGAAGAGGGCCUCGCUCAUUGUGUUCAUCCUGUCUGGUGUCAUCUUCGCCAGCGCCCUAACAAUGGGGGUUAUCGGCAUCGAGAAGAGCAUCGUGAUGAUACAGAACCACGAGUUCAUGGGAUUCUUGAACUUUUGUAGCAGCCAGUAGCCUCCAAAGAGCAAAUUUUAAUUAGGUGGAGAUUUGUCUUUGUUUUCGUUUUUGUUUUUCAGAGUCUCUGGAAGAAGUGAAUUUCCAGUACAUGGAGUCAUUGGAUUUCAUAUGCGAUGGGCCCAAGGUCUGAGUGUCGGUCAACACCUAGUUGACCACGCCAACCCCAAUAUUGCCCAUAAUAGGCAAUAAAAGAGAGGUUAGAAAGGGAGUCAACAGUGUGUUAGCAGCUGGCUGACACUCUCCUCUUCCAAGGGGAAGAAGAAAAAACACUCGAGAGAUAUUUUGCAUUGGUUUUGAAUUGAAUCAAUUUUGGAUUUAUUCUAGUACAGAACAGAAACAGUUGUGUCUUCUUCUCAUUGCAUGUAAUCAACAGUGUCGAUUCGAGUAGCCUUCAGUGCAAAGUCAUAUUUAUAGAUGCACAUGUUUCGCUGCAA